AUGGGCAAUGGAGCUAGAACUGAGUUCUGGUAUGAUCCUUGGAUCCAGAGGAGCACUAUGAUGGAGACUUUUCCCAGGGUUAAAAUCAGAGAUACUGACAUCCCCAGAAACACCAAAAAUUACAAGAUAAGUCCUAAUAUUGAAGAUAAAAUUGAUUGGAAGGUCAUGAAUCAUGAUAAGUUUUCAGUGAGCAAAACUUGGAAUGUCUACAAAGAGCAUCAUUCUUGCCCUCCUUGGAUUAAAAUAUUGUGGGGGAAGAACUCUAUUCCCAGGCACAACUUUAUUCUCUGGCUGGCUCUGAAGAGAAGAUUGAGAACUAAAGACAAGCUGAAAAACUGGGGAAUCACCCCUUAUAAUGAUUGUGUCCAAUGUACUAAUGGGAUUGAAACUAUUGAGCACUGUUUUUUUGAGUGUGACAUGGCAGUUGAAGUUUGGAGGAUUUUCUUACCCAUCUGCAGAACUACCGAGAAGAUUGAGACUUGGAGAAGGAUGGUUAGUUGGUUCUGCAGGAAAGCAACUGGUAAAAACAUUUUGGCUAACAUCAGAAGAGUGACAUUUGCUUCUGUGGUUUAUGCUUUGUGGAAUGUCAGGAAUAGGAAAUUUUUUUUGAAAGAAACUAGUUAUAGUAGUACUAUUGUGAGAAGAAUCAGAAAUAUCCUGUUGGACAAGUUCAAUGGCUAUAGCACCAGCGCCACCUUGAAUGAAAUCCUUAGAUGUAUUCAGCAGUUCUGUUUUCUUGGUCCUGAGGCUUUUGUAUUAGGACUUUUCUUUUCUGGUUUUCUGUCUGCUUUGAGGUCUAUUCAAAAGGGUGAGGCUGAAGGUUUACUGCUGCCUUUUGCUGAAAAUGAGAUUUAUGCAGCUCUAUUUGCUUGUACUAGGAAGAAGGCUCCAGGACCAGACACUUUUAUUGAAUUCUUUGAUGAUUUUCACAGAGUUAAUACUUUACCUCAAGGUAUGAAUACAUAUUUUAUGGUACUUGUCCCUAAGGUGGUAGGAUCUGCAAACAUCAAAUACUACAGACCAAUUAGUUUGGGAAAUGCCUUCUUUAAUUUUCUAUUUGAAACUUUAUCCUUGAGAUGGGCGCCCAUCCUGUCUAAGGUUAUUUCAGAUAGUCAUCAUGCUUUUUGA